AAUCAUUUUUAACAAAAUACGUUAUUAGCAAAUACAAAUAAUACAGCUUUCGUUUUACGCUCGAUGGAAUAUUCAAUUAAAUAUUCAAGUUAAAUGAUAUUAAUGUGGGAAAACAUAAAUAAACACGGAUACGUAGAAAUCAUUUUGUGCGCAUAAUCUAGAGAGAAAAAAAACCUGUUUGUUAAAUUGAAAAAAAACGCAGGUAUAAAAGUCCUUUCUGGGAUAAUCCGAAAUAUACACACACAAAAAUGUUGCUGUUUGCAAGUACGAUUUUGCUCGUUGCGAGCGUCGAAUGUGUUCAGUUUCAGAUCAGGAACAAUUUGCCGGGUCCGAUUUGGGUGGGAAUUUUAGGUAACAAUGGAAAACCUCCCUUGGCGAAUGGAGGAUUUGUGUUGAAUAGGAACCAACAGAAAUCAGUGCAUUCGGAUGACAGGUGGGCUGGAAGGUUCUGGGCCAGGACGUGGUGCGAUCCAAAAUCGAAGCACUGUCAAACGGGGGAUUGCGGUAACAGAUUGGAAUGUCGUGGGGCUGGUGGAGCACCACCCGUUACUUUAGCGGAGAUCACACUGCGUGGACACGGAGGACAAGAUUUCUACGACAUCUCUUUGGUGGAUGGUUUCAAUGUGGUUGCAAAGAUUCAACCGUUGGGAGGUAAAGGAAAUUGUCGAACAGUGGGAUGCAACUAUGAUCUGAACAAGAACUGCCCAGCUUCAUUGAGGUUGAGAGGAUCUUCGGGACAUACCAUCGCCUGUUACAGCGCUUGCUCCAAGUUCAACACCGACCAGUACUGCUGCAGAGGACGCUACGGAAAACCGCAGACGUGUAAACCUUCUGGUUGGAAGUCUAACUCUGCCACGUACUUCAAAUCCCAUUGCAAAGACGCCUACUCUUACGCUUACGACGAUGCCACUAGCACCUUCACAUGCAUCUCUUCUGCUUACAGAGUAACCUUUGGAUAAACCACCAAAAGCUUAAGAUUUAAUAUUUUUAAUGACUUAA